GGUUACUGAUCACCAUGAAGCUGCUACACCCUGGCUGCUUCCUGCCGCCCCUCCUCAGCUUGUGGACAGCUGCUCCUGAGACACAUGCUGUGUCCACGGGGACGCCAGCCAUCAGUGCCGCCUCUUUCCUGCAGGACCUCAUGCAUCGCUACGGGGAGGGUGACAGCCUCACUCUGCAGCAGCUAAAGACCCUGCUCAACCACCUGCAUGUGGGAGUGGGCCAGGCCAAUGUCACCCAGCCCCUACAGGGACAGAGGAACCUGUCCACGUGCUUCAGUUCUGGAGCCCUCUUUGCUGCCCACAACUUCAGCAGCCAGUCGCAGAUCGGGCCGAGUGAGUUCCAGGACUUCUGCCCCACCAUCCUCCAGCAGCUGGACUCCCAGGCCUGCUCCUCUGAGAACCAGGAGAACGAGGAGAACGAGCAGACGGAGGAGGGGAGGCCGAGCACAGUGGAAGUGUGGGGCUUUGGUUUCCUCAGUGUCUCACUGAUUAACCUGGCCUCUCUCCUGGGAGCCCUCGUCCUGCCCUGCAUGGAGAAAGCGUUUUUCAGCCGUGUGCUCACUUACUUCAUCGCCCUGUCCAUUGGAACGCUGUUCUCUAACGCGCUCUUCCAGCUCAUCCCAGAGAAGACCUUUUACAAGAGGCUGCUGCUCUACUUCAUAGCUCUGGCGAUUGGCACCCUCUACUCCAACGCCCUCUUCCAGCUCAUCCCUGAGGCCUUUGGUUUCGACCCUCUGAAGGAUGAUUACGUCUCCAAGUCUGCAGUGGUGUUUGGGGGUUUCUAUCUUUUCUUUUUCACAGAGAAGAUCUUGAAAAUGCUCCUUAAGCAGAAAAAUGAGCAUCAUCAUGGACAUAGCCAUUAUGCCUCCGAGACGCUUCCUUCUAAGAAGGACCAGGAGGAGGGGGUGACGGAAAAGCUGCAGAAUGGGGACCUGGACCACAUGAUUCCUCAGCACUGCAGCAGCGAGCUGGACGGCAAGUUGCCCGUGAUGGACGAGAAGGUCAUUGUGGGCUCGCUGUCUGUCCAGGACCUGCAAGCUUCCCAGAGUGCCUGUUACUGGCUGAAAGGCAUUCGCUACUCGGAUAUUGGCACUCUGGCCUGGAUGAUCACCCUGAGCGAUGGCCUCCACAAUUUCAUCGACGGCCUGGCCAUUGGAGCCUCCUUCACUGUGUCCGUUUUCCAAGGCAUCAGCACCUCCGUGGCCAUUCUCUGUGAGGAGUUCCCACACGAGCUAGGAGACUUUGUCAUCCUGCUCAAUGCUGGCAUGAGCCUCCAGCAAGCACUCUUCUUCAACUUCCUUUCUGCCUGCUGCUGUUACGUGGGUAUGGGCUUUGGCAUCCUGGCCGGCAGCCACUUCUCUGCCACCUGGAUCUUCGCGCUGGCUGGAGGAAUGUUCUUGUAUAUUUCUCUGGCUGAUAUGUUCCCUGAGAUGAAUGAAGUCGCCCUGGAGGAUGAGAGGAAGGGCAGCAUAUUGGUCCCCUUUGUCAUCCAGAACUUGGGUCUCUUGACUGGCUUUUCCAUCAUGCUGCUCCUCACCAUGUAUUCAGGACAGAUCCAGAUCGGCUAGGGCCCUGCAGGAACCUGAGGAACUGACGGUUGGCCCCUUAGCCCUCGGACACGGCAUCCAUGAGGCGCCUCAGGAGAGGCAGUUCUUUUAGAAACUGUGACACGGACGGUAUUUCUCCACGGAAAUGUCAAUUGUUUUUAAAAUGCUUUGUGCUAGUAAUACGCUGCCUGGUAACAGUCUCCCGGUAGCACCUCUCUCCUUUCUUCUCCCUCCUCAGAGUGACUCUGGAACCUGAAUGCAGCUUAGCAGACAAGCCUCAUUUUUUCCUCUGGUUACCCUGGCCCCUUUCUCUCUGAACCAGUGCUGAGAGAUUUGGGGUCCUUUGCCCCAAUGCAAAAAUAUAGGCAGCAGUUAUAACCUGGUUAGAAAUAUCAGGAAGUGAAUCUAUGGUUUAGGGCCUAUGAAUCUGUGUAUCCUGGACCUCAAGAUGACCCAUUUUUUAGUGAAUAUAGUCCUAUUUUUUUACAGAAAAGGUACAGGAGACAGGAGUUCCUGAUUUUCAAUCCGUUCAGUUGCCUCUUCUCUCAGAGAGAACAGAACGUUGGGACAGGCGUAGGGCGGGAGGAGGCGAGGUCAUCCUGAGUGAGAGGGAAGGAGAGCCCGUGGUGUGCGUCCUGUCGGACCGUUGCUUGUGCCCGCUGGAAUGCUGGUUUUGUGGCUGCACCUGGUGUUUCCUGGCCGUCCAGCAGAGCUAACAUGUGGGUUCAAGUACCUGGACCUCCCCUUCUUUCAGAGUAACACUAAUAACAGAGGGCGGAGAAGGAAGGCCUGCAACAGAUCCACAGGUUUUGCUGUGAUUUCCACCUCCUCUUCCCCACUCCCAUCGUAGCUGCCUGCCUAGAAGCACAUUCUGAGCACAUUCGAUGCUGGUGUUAGAGGGGCGGCUGCUCCGAUUUCCCUCCCCUGGGCCACAUGUCUAUGGAAUGAGGGUGCAGCUUCGAUCAGGGUACCAGAAGAGGAAUCCGUGCAGACACCGUUUAGGAUUUGCUAAUUUUACGAAUAAGAGUAUGAAUCAAACAACUGUGAGAUGCAAGGUCCAGAACUUGGGUUGGGCUCUGCAGGUGUGUGCAGAACAGAGGGCCCGCUGAGUCUGCUGUGAACGAUUUUAACGGGCACUGUCCUCACCCCAAACAAGAAAGGGCGAAUCCUAUAUCGAUAUCAGUUGCUCUAGCUCUCUUCAGAAAUGGAUUGACAGACUUGUCUGUGAGCCUUGGCACUGUGGAGCCCUCUUCUCAGAACGCUGGCUGCAAGGGGAGCUAAUCCAGGUUCACUAGGUGAAUUGAUUUAUUAUUAUCAUAUUGAUAAUGUGAGAUUCUUUAGCCACUUUGGGGAGCCAGCCUCUCCAGAAGCCUUUCUUAGUGGUGCCCACAGUUGCAGCCCAGGGGUUGUGUUCGCAGACGGAUUCGUGUGCAUGACUGACAACUGCUGGUUUGUUGCCAGCACCUGUGAGUUUUUCUCUACUACCCAGAAAAACUUCCCACGGAACAGGAAUUAAAAGCAGCCUCUAUCUCGUUUUGUUUUGUUUUUUCCUUCUUUGAAAACAUCCCUCAAACCAGGAAUAUUCUUGAAAAGAACAUGAGCAGGAAAACUGCUGGUGAUACUUUAGAAGUUUUUCCUCCUUCUCCGGCCUGUUGACUUGAGAAUGGGCUAAAGAAGAAGGAAAACAGUUACCAAGAUUCUAGGUUAGAUAUCAGGUCUGUCUCCUGAUAGGAUUAUGGUCCAGUUUUACCAAAGAACCAAUUCCUUGAAUGUUGGAAUCUAACUUUAUGUGAACAUUGUUAUUGUUACUGAUUCUUUGUCUUUUCUGUUGUUGUUUUUUUUUUCUCAGAUUGCUUUCAGGAGCUAGCAGAAAAUAGCACUCAAACUUUAAGACUUUAAAAGAUUUUGCUUUCCUUAAUUCACAUUGAUGUAUUAAAUUUACAGUUUUAGCAUUCCCUAUAGAUCAUUCCUUACGAAUACCAUUCUUCUUGGAGUAAAUUAGUUAGGGUUAAUGGGUUCCUAGUUUUAGAAGAGCUCAAAAAUAGAGUGUUUAACAAAUUUUUUUUU